AUGAAACAAAUACUUCAUCCUGCUUUGGAAACCACUGGUAAUUCAUGUACUAAUCAUUUUAAUACAGAUCCUUGUUCUAUUGGUUUUGUUUUCCCAGCAAUGACAUUAUUUCCCCUGCUACUGUUCCUGGUUGCUGGGCUGCUUCCAUCCUUUCCUGCAAAUGGAAGUGAGGAUCCCACUUUUACUGCUUUGUCAACCACCCAAACACAAGUGCAAAGGGAGAUUGUCAAUAAACACAAUGAACUGAGGAAAGCAGUCUCUCCACCUGCCAGCAACAUGCUAAAGAUGAAAUGGAACAAAGAGGCAGCAGCAAAUGCCCAAAAGUGGGCAAAUGGGUGCAGUUACAGACACAGUAACCCAAGUGAUCGAAAGACCAGUCUAAAAUGUGGUGAGAAUCUCUACAUGUCAAGUGCACCCAAUUCGUGGUCACAAGCAAUCCAAAGCUGGUUUGAUGAGCGUGAUGAUUUUGACUUUGGUGUAGGGCCAAAGACUCCCGAUGCAGUUGUUGGACAUUAUACACAGGUUGUUUGGUAUUCUUCACACCUCGUUGGAUGUGGAAGUGCCUAUUGUCCCAAUCAAAAAGUUCUAAAAUACUACUAUGUUUGCCACUAUUGUCCUCCUGGUAAUUGGGCUAACAGACUAAAUGUCCCUUAUGAGCAAGGAUCACCUUGUGCCAGUUGCCCAGGUUAUUGUGACGACGGACUAUGCACCAAUGUUUGCAAGUAUGAAGAUCUCUACAGUAACUGUGCAAGUUUGAAGGCCACAUUAACCUGUAAACAUCAAUUGGUCAGGGACAGUUGCAAGGCCUCCUGCAAUUGUACAAACAGCAUUUAUUAAAUACGUAUUACACACCAAGUAGGGCUACGUGGAGAGGAGUCAGAUUAUCUACUUAGAUUUGACAUCUACUCAGAUUCAACAUAUACUUGCUGAGAAAUUGUAGGCAUGUUUGAUACACAUUUGAUUCUACAUGUUUUUCUUCUGGAUCUGCUUUUUAUUCUACAAAAAUCUCUGUCAUACAUAGAGUUAAAAAAAGUAACAACAUCUAUAACAACUUUGGAUUUUUUUAUAUAUAAACUUUGUAAUUUAAAUUUACUGAAUUUAAUGAAGAUGAGGAUUUUGGAAGUUGUAUUCUCAUACAACUAAGUUCACUAAAAUCCUGGACUGAAAGUGAGAAUUAUGUUCCCAGAAGAAAAUUUACAAAAAGAACAGAAUAUAAUUUUCACAUGGAUCCUGGGCUGUUGUUGCCUUUCAUAGCUCCACUGUAUAGCUAAGCACCUUCAAAGAAGUGUUCUCAUAUGCUGUCUUAAUUCCUUUCACAUAUUCACCCUUCUUUCCAAUCAUCUGUCUGGCAUUCUCACAACUGAGUGGAAACUGUUUUUCCUAAAACAACCCUGACUUUUAUUUUGCCAAAAUCAAUACAAUCCUUUGGUUUUUUUAUCUGCAUAAAUUUUACAGAAUAUGAUCACACCUUCAUUUUUAAACCUCUCUUCUCUGUGACAAACCUUCCUUUAAAAAUAAUUCAAAAUAAUACAGAUAAAUACCCUCCACUCGAGUAGGUGGAACUCAGAUCCUCCCUUGUGAGCCUUCACUAAACUUGAUGACUCACUUCCAAAGAGUAGAGUGUGGAAAGGAAAACAUAGUAACUUUACAGCGGAGAAAAAUGGCAAAUGCCGACUUCACCAAGUGAUCAACAUUAACGUCACCAGUGACGCCAUGUGGAUUUGUUCUAUGUAAUCUUUCUAAAAAUUCAUAAUCCUAACAUAAUAAGUUAAAACAUCCAGCAAACUCAAAUUGAAAGAUAUUCUACAAAAUAUCCCUGAGGUAUUUUAGACUAUUCCUCAAAACUGUAAAAAUCAUCAAAAAUAAGGAAAUCCUGAGAAACAGUCACAGACCACAUGAGACUAAGGAGACGUGUGAGCCAAAUGCAAUGUUCCUUCUUGGAUCAGAUCCUGGAGCAGUAAAAGAUCAGUAAUAAUAAUAAAAAAAAAAAUGACGAAGUCUGAAUAGAAUCUGGAGUAUUUUUAACAAUAGUAUUGAUUUCUUAAUCUUGAACAAUAUAGCAGGGUAAUGUAACAUGAUGACAUUAGAGAAACUGAAACAGGGCAAGGGCUAUCUGGGAAUUCUCUGUACUCUUACCAACUUUUCAAUAAAUCUAAGAAAACAAUGCAAAAUAAAAAGUAUUUUGAAAAAAA